GAAGCGGGGCCCGGGGCGCGCCGGGGCCGGGCGCACGGGGAGGGGGCGCAGGAAGCGGUCGAGGCCGGGCGCAGGAGGCUGCGGCGGCGGCCCCGGGAGCUGCUGAUCGGCGCCGGGACAAAGGCGCGGCCGCCCGGCGCCCCGAGGCGCCGGAGCCGGGGCGCACAGCCGGGGCGCAGCCCGCGCCCCCCCGCAGCGACUGACAUGAUGUUUCCACAAAGCAGGCAUUCGGGCUCGUCGCACCUACCCCAGCAACUCAAAUUCACCACCUCCGACUCCUGCGACCGCAUCAAAGACGAAUUUCAGCUGCUGCAGGCUCAGUACCACAGCCUGAAGCUCGAAUGUGACAAACUGGCCAGUGAGAAGUCGGAGAUGCAGCGUCAUUAUGUGAUGUACUACGAGAUGUCCUAUGGCUUGAACAUUGAGAUGCACAAGCAGGCUGAAAUUGUCAAGAGGCUGAAUGGGAUCUGUGCCCAGGUCCUCCCCUACCUUUCCCAAGAGCACCAACAGCAAGUCUUGGGAGCCAUUGAGAGAGCUAAGCAAGUCACGGCUCCAGAACUGAACUCCAUCAUUCGACAGCAGCUCCAAGCCCACCAGCUGUCCCAGCUGCAGGCUCUGGCCCUGCCCCUGACCCCACUACCCGUGGGGCUGCAGCCGCCUUCACUGCCGGCGGUCAGCGCAGGCACUGGCCUCCUCUCGCUGUCUGCGCUGGGCUCGCAGGCCCACCUCUCCAAGGAAGACAAGAACGGGCACGAUGGUGACACCCACCAGGAGGACGACGGGGAGAAGUCAGAUUAGCGGGUGGUCAGGGUGGGGAGGGCGGGGGGGACAAAGAGGAGACAAGACACACGCAGAGAGGAAUGUUCACCGCAAGACAGUAUAGCUCUGGAUUGGCUAAUCUCCUGGUAGUAUUUAUGGUAGCUGCUGGGGCCUUAGCCCUGCUUGUGUGCCACCCCCUAGCUUUGCUCUGGCUCCCAGUCUCCUUCCUCCUCCCCCCUGCAGCCUGAAUGGGUGAAUACCUGCUUGUACCACACAUAAGGCAAGCUGAGGCCUGAAGGCGAAAAGGGGAGGCCAGGUCAGAAGGGAGCAAAACCUCAAGAAGUCUAACACCCCCUGCACCUCCCCAUUUCGCACACGUAUAACUGACAGUCUGCCCGCUGGGCCCCCUCAGGGCACACCCCAGCUUCCCACCCUGGCACUGCAUGCAAACACAAUGCUAGUUGCCCCUUCCUGCCCUGGGCAUCCCUUUCUCUCCCUCCACCUCCCAUCCAUUCACCUCUGCUAGUUCCAGACAUUCAUGCCCACCUGGUCCUCUCUACUCGCCCAGUCAGGAUGAGCAGGGUGGGGGUGGGCAACCCAAGAUUCCCCUUCUCCCUUUCCCAAAUAAAGAUGAGGGUACUCAA